UAGGUAGUACAAGAACUGAAAAAUAAUUUUUGGUUGCCAGUAUACCUGUAGUCGUUGCACUGAUCAGUCGAUAGUUUUGUGAUAAAUUAUUUCUCAAGUGAAUUAAAUUAUUAACCAUGGGACGUGAUUCUAGAAAGGUUUCAAGAGAACUUCGGAGUUCUGAAAAAAUUAAUAAGUCGCGUUCAGUCAAAAGAAAGAAUGUUUUUAAUCCGAAAACAGCCGAACGUGAUGAAAGUAUUCAGAGUACAUCUUCUAAAAAAUUAAAACAAAACACUGAAGAUGAUGUACCUGAAGACAGCAGUACUGAAUUUCGAAUAAUAAAUUUUAUUCAGGUAUUCACUGCAAUUUCUGCUCUUAUAAAAUGUAAAAAAUGUGAUGGAAAUGUAGUGUUUCAAACAGCAAGUACACGUGGGCUGGGAUUCAAAAUUGUAGUUGCAUGUAAUAACUGUGGAAAUGAAUAUAUUCCUUCCUGUUCUUUCGUUGGGCAUUCUUAUGAAAUAAACAGACGUUUCAUUUUUGUAAUGAGAAUACUAGGAAUAGGAUACGAAGGAUUGUGCAAGUUUUGCGGCCUGAUGGACAUGCCGUCUUUUUUAGAUAAAUCUACGCAUACAAUUUUACUGAAACAGAUUUUGAAUUGUAGUAAAGCCGUCGCAGAAACCUUCAUGACGAAAGCUGUGAAUGAAGAAAAGCAAGCAAUGCCAACAACUGAAAAUGAAGAUAUAAAUCAUCUAACUGUAUCGGGAGAUGGAACCUGGCAAAAACGGGGAUAUACAUCGUCAUUUGGAGUUUCUUCUAUAAUUGGCUAUUUUACUGGAAAGAUUCUUGACAUAAACAUUAAAAGUGCAUAUUGUAAGCUAUGUGAGUAUUGGAAAAAAAAAACAAAUACUGUUGAGUUCGAGGAAUGGUAUCAAUCGCAUGAAGAUGUGUGUUCUGCUAAUCAUCAAGGGUCUUCUGGGAAAAUGGAGGUGGAUGCGAUGGUCGAAAUGUUUUCGUAUUCUGAAACUAAAUAUGGAGUUAAGUAUGCCAACUAUAUUGGUGAUGGUGACUCCAAGACCUAUUCAGGAAUUAUAAAAUCAGAUCCUUACGAAAAUACAACUGUAAAUAAAAAGGAAUGUAUAGGGCAUGUCCAAAAGCGGAUGGGGAGUCGAUUACGUACGCUGAAGAGUAAACAAAAAGGUCUUGGUGGUCGAGGUAAGCUCACAGGAAAAUUAAUAGACAAACUAACUGUGUACUAUGGUUUAGCAAUACGCCGGCAUUGUGAUUCUAUUGAAAAUAUGAAAUCUGCUAUAAUGGCAACCUUUUAUCACUACGGCUCGAGUGAUGAAAAACCGAAUCAUGAUAUGUGUCCAAAAGGCGAAGAAUCUUGGUGCUCUUACCAGCGCGCUGAAGCAAGAGGAGAGCUUGAUACCUUUUCUCACGAUUAUUCUCCUUUACCUUCUGAUGUUUUAAAAGCUAUCAAGCCUAUAUACGAAGAUCUUAGUAAUGAAAAUUUACUUUCAAGAUGUGUAGGUGGAUUCAAUCAGAAUAAUAAUGAAAGCUUUAACCAACUAGUAUGGAAAAUAUGCCCAAAAACGGUAAAUACUAGUUUUACUAUCGUACAAAUAGCUGCAUACGUUGCUAUGUGUAUAUUUAAUGAGGGUAUAAAUUCAUUAUUAGUCUUGAUGAAUACACUAGGACUUAAUUGUGGGCCUAAUUCUCAUCGGUAUGCAGAAAGAAUGGAUGCUGCACGUAUCAAAGUAGCAGAUAAGCGCGCUAAUGAUAACACCCGAGAAGGUCGAUUGCAACGUAGGCACCAGCAAAUCGAUAUUUUGGAAGCUGCUAUGUCGGCUGAAGAGCUAUUAUAUGGUCCAGGAAUAGAUGACUCAGUAUGAAUCUCCAAGGACUUAUGAUGAUCACCGCAAAGGACUUCGGGAGGAACGGGCUCUACAAAAACAGCGAUAACUUUUUGAAUUAUUAAUUUUUUUUUUUGAAAUUUUCGUGAAGUCAAAUCGAAACGUGUUCUAAUAAAGCUAUGUUUUUAUUUUUGUCAAAU